UGAAGCCCCUGGCAAAUGCUGUCAUAUCUCCCCUUUCCAGGUCCGAAAUCCUGGUCAUCCUUAAUCGAUACUAUUUCCUCCGUGAUGCGCCUCGCGUGCAUGUCUGGAUCCAACCGUACUGACAGCAACUGUCUUGUAGGCGACCCACGAUGUCUUUAGGCCAUGCCCGCCAGCGUUCGAAUUCCGCAAAGGGCUCCUCCAUUCGAUCAGACGUCAAGUUUCAAAUACCCACACCGAGCAUCACGCCGCAGAACGACGAGUUCGCGUUCCAGCCAUGCGCCGCAACCGCCUCGUUUUUGCUGUAUGCGCAGCAAAAUGUAAUUUACUGCCUCCACCACGAUACAUUGGCAAUAGAACGGCGGUUCGAGAGACAUAGAGAGGAUGUUUCGUGGAUUUCGACCGACAAUGUGAGCGAACGUGGAGCCGGUCGGUUAGUUCUGAGCUAUGACACCGGUUCUACGGCCAUAGUGUGGGAUUUGCAGACCGGCGACGAGGUCGCGCGCUUCGCCUCGUACGAGCAAAUAAGAGUAGCAGCGUGGAUGAGAAACGGCAAUGUCGCGUUUGGAAAUGCGCAGGGCAACAUCAUUCUGUUCGAGCCCUCGACCUCCGAACAUCUAUCUGCACGAACAAUCUUCGACCCCAUAACCGCACUUGCACCAGCCUCCGAUUGCCGGACGUUCGCAAUUGGCUACCACAAUGGCUCAAUUCUCAUUGCAACACUGCAACCAUCAUUCACAAUUAUCCACACACUCACCACUCCUAGAGUGCCUUCUCCUAUCGCGGAGCUGGCAUGGCAUGGCUCUUCUUCGAAGCAGAAGUCUGAAAUGCUGGCUGCACAGGCAUCAGAUGGCGACCUCAGGGUAUGGAGUGUCCCGAAAAGCUCACAGGGCGGUGACGCACCUUGCGUGAUUCGCGUGUUGAACAAAUCCGACCAAAGAGAACCCGGUCCCUGCUGGUUUUCGUGGUCAAAGAACGGACGAAUCGUGCAAUACACAGAGGGUCAAACUUGCGCUUGGGAUGUUCGAACUAAGAGAGUCACGUAUGAGACUGUUCCUACAACGCGAGACGUUGCAGCAAUUUGUAGCUACGGUCCUACUGCGACUCUGUUCACGCUGGGUCACAAUCACAGUGUCCAGCAAUACGAUCUCAACCCCAGCGGUCAGCCUGCUAUGGUUGCUAACGUUCAGCACGCGCCCGCAAACACACCUCCAUCGCCCCCAGUGUCACUGGACGAGCAGAGACAGGUUCAGCUGCAGGAGGAGGAAGAGGAGCCUCAAACGGCGCAUCCGAUGACCGCUCACCCUCUUAAAAGUGCGCCUCAAAUGCUCCUCGCCGAGGAAGCGAGCGAAGACGAAGAUGCUGUCAUGUCCCCUCUGCAAAAGAUCGCAAACGAGCUGGUCGAGCUGGAGGAAGAGCGUCGAGAUCGUGUCGGUCCCUUGAGUCCAGUGUCAAGCCGUGCGUCGGCGAGCUCGCGAUCUUCCGGUGGCAGCGGACGCCAGGCACGUUACCGUUACGACAGACCUACAUGGGGCACUGCCCGCUCGUCAAGAAGCACAGCGUCCGGUGCGUCAGGCACAGUCUUCUCCUCGGGAGAGUCAUCGUACGCAGGUGGCGCAUCCCAGGCCAGCAUGUCCAUCCGUUCAGGAACAUCAGCUGCAGCCUCCUCGCGAUACGGUUCAUCAGGCCUUCGCAAGGAGGUGAUGCGCGAGCCAGAAGAAUCGAAAAAGACACAGAAGAUGGAUCUGUUUCCAUUCACUAAAGCCAGACUCAUCGAUGUUCCAUUCCGCCCUACUGAACUCGGUCCUGAGCGUACACCUGAUGACCUGAGGAGAAACCUGCUUAAGGUCGUCUUUGGAUGGGAUAACGACAUCGAUGAGCUCAUCCGCGACGAGCUUGCGCGCCACAGGCCUGGAUCAGCUGCGGCAGUUCUGCUUUCGAAGUGGCUGGGUGAUCUGGGAGCCGAUGUCAUGGCAUCCAUGAUUGGUUCCGAGUCGAUGACCUCGUCUGACUGGAUGUUGCUCGCUUUGAGUAACAUGGGUCAAGGAUCACAGAAGAAGGUGGGAGAGGCAUUUGUCCAGCGACUGCUCGAGAAGGGCGACAUCCAUCCCGCAGUCGCCAUCCUCCUCGGCCUGGGCGAGCAAAACGACGCCAUCGAGGUUUAUGUAUCACAAAAGCACUACAUGGAGGCGGUACUACUCACCUGCCUCAACUUCCCGACUGACUGGCAGAGGCAGUCGUUCCUCGUUCGAAAGUGGGGAGAGGUUGCGGUAGCGAAGGGCAAAGCUGAGCUAGCCGUCCGAUGUUUCUCCUGCAUGGGACUGGAGACGACUGAGCCGUGGUUCUCACCGCGAGCGCAAGAUGCCGUUUUCUCUGCGCAAAAGCAAGCCCUGUUAGGCUCACAGCUUAGUCCACCGCUGUCGCCUCCCAGCGUAGGCAGUAGCAGAGUUGCUGCUAGGAUGGCAUCUCUGAAGCUCGUUACUGACUUCUCUCGCGGGCCCCAGCCCAGACAAAUCGUUCGCGGCAGCGAUAUUGAUGGACGGACUCCGAUCGCCGUGGGUACUACACCGAUUGCUGAAUCCGCCACAACACCAGCUGUCGGUCACCACGGCUGGACUGGUCGCAGCUCUACUCGGGAUAAAUCUCUGGAGCCUUCUUCGGCACGAACAGCAACUCCUGGAGCAUACGGAAGAAAGCGAAUGCCAUCUCGGUCGGAUGCUGGGCGCUCAACGACAACCAACGAGAGCCUUGCAUCUCUCGCGAUUCCUGAUCGUGGACAGCGGGCAGAAUCAAAACCGAGAACCGCCAUUGAUAACGUCGGCCGCGAGUUUGAGACUCUUCCGUUCUCUACCAGACGAGCCACUUCCGGGGGCAAUGCCAAUGACCUCAUGCUGUCAGCGUCCACGUUUGCGCCUCCUAAACACGACGACCAUCUGCCCUCACCAGCACUUGGCGUCUUCGACGCAUACAAGGAGAGAAAGACCGUUUCUCGCACUAGCUCUCGAAGUCGGAACCAGAGAGACCUUCACCUGGCCAUGGACACCACAGUCGUCGAGACAGGGCCUAGUACGCACUACACCAACAACAUGAGCCCACCCUUGACAGACGCGAGCCUCAAGAGCGCCAAAGCGCGUAGCAUUGAUCAGUACAUCAGCAGUCUCGACGAGGCCAACUACUUCACCCGCGAAAUCUCCGACCCAAGACAUGAAGAAAGGCCCGCCUCGCGGACAGCAAGGACUCGAAGUCGCACUCGUGAUGACUCUCAAGGUCGAGGCCGAUCGGAUGUUCGUUACAUUCGACCCGCUAAACGAUCACCGUCCUCUCCAGUGCCUAUGUCGCACGAAGAUGCAGGUGUGACCACUAUGAAGGAAGCUGCCACGAACACAGAGACGUACGACGACGAGCGCUUCUACAGAGACGUGACUUCUCCCGUUGCAACUGAAUCUGUUGCAAGUACCCGCAGAGCACGCAGCCGUGCGAGGUAUGGCACAAGCAAGACCCGAGCCUCUUCCAAGGCCGCGUCUCGUGCUGAGUCUCCAGAAGCGGUCUUGCAGCCACGCAGCAGGAAUGCCAGCCGAGCCUCGAGCCGCCGUCCUGCCGCCGAUCGUGGUCGUAGUGGCAUGCGCGGUGAUCGCUCUCCUGAGUCGCCGCAGUCGAUGCGAGCCGAAGACUUCGGUAACAGUGUAGAAGCACGCCCACGCCAGCGCAGUUCCAGCCGUCAGCCUCGCGAGCCCUCGACCGGCAGGAGACCUACACCCGCUGUCCGUGGACCGAGCCUGAACCGUAAUCAUGUGCGCGGCGGUUCCCCUGACUCAAUCUCCUCCAGUCUCCGGGGCGCUCCUCGAUCGCGGCCCCUCACACGAACCAGGAAGGAGAUCGCAGCCAAGGAACUGGAAGCUCGCAGGCUCUCGCUGGCCCGACGUCCUUCGGCGCCGUCAAUUCCUCAUCCCGAGGAUCUCAAGUUCAGGCCACUGUCUGGUGGACGUUCUAACACAGACGACAUGCUGAGUUCGAUCGCAAUGUAUCACGACCCCAUCCAGCGAAGUCAGACGGCGGACCCGAUCAACAAGCCAGUGAACCGAUUCUUGGCCAAGGGCACAUCAACACCGUCUGUGCCAAUCGGACUUCCGGCCAACCCACGAGCGAUGAGACACCCAAGGUACAUGUCCACAGAGCCAGAGGAAGAGGACAUUCCCGAUGUGCCGGCCAUCCCGCAGAACAUGAUCUACGCGCAAGCACAACAUCAUGAGACCGAAGACGACGUCGGUCCUUUGCUACCAGCUACUACGUUUCUCCCCUCGACUACGUUCGGACAACCAAACCUGCCUCGCUCAGCAUCGGCACCACCCCAGGAGAUGCUCCUACCCAACGCCUUUCCAGGUGUAGGAAGACGUCCAUCUCUGAACGCGCCCCGCGGCCACGUGCGGAUGAACUCACCGCCGGAGAUCUUGCAGCCUUCCAACUACAAGCGCAUCAGCCCGCCUCCAGCCAGACACAGCAUCGACGGCGUUAGCAACGAGACACAGGUGAUCAUCCUUGAAGAAGAAGAUGUUGCACCGCCUGUCCUCGCCCAGCUUCAACAUUUGGGUGCACCACCGCCUCCUCCUCCGCCACCACCUCCACCACCAUUCAACGUUGGCGCGGGCAGCACUCCCAAUGGCGUCAGUAUUGUCAACUACGGUAUGGAAGAGCAGCCACAGCGUGUCUCCCCCACCAACGUCCCUACCACCGCAUCUCCUCAUGCUCAUCGACGCGGCCGCGGCAGCGUCAGCGAGAACCUUGGCUCGACCUUCCGCCGCGUCACCGACCGCAUGCGCAGCACCAGCCGAUCCGGGCACAUUUCCCCGCCAGCGCUCCGCACAGACAACAUCUCCCCUUACGAGAGUGUCCCAGACUACAACUACGCUCGCAGCGCAACCACACGUUCGCCCGGCGAAGGCAAUCAUCUAGACGCCUACUUCAACAACAUGUCGCCUCCGCCGCCUCCUCCCGUCCAGCCCUGGGAGCAAGUGAUCCCGCCCACGGCCGAAGAGCAGGCAUUCUACAAGCACCCCAAGGCUGUGCGCGCCAACAUGCCUCCCGAGACGCUGCAGGCGGGCGUGUACAAGCCCGAGGCGACGCCCAUGAUCUGAGAUUCGGCAUUUUCUUUAAGCAACAUCUAUAAUGCAUCAUACACCGCGGCUCAUUCACGACCUAACGACCCUCCGACAUGCUCCGUUCUCCACAAUCCCUGAUAGACGAGGCGAGCGUCGGCAUUACCACUGGAGCGCAGCAUGUCCACUUUCCUUUUUUAUUUUUGAAUCGAGUACGAUUACGAACUUCU